AUGGAGCCGUGGCAGCUGCGGGAGGCUCUGGACCAUGGCGAAGACGUGGACCUGGGAAGACAGCCUGUGCUGCUCUUGGCCGUCAUCAUGAAGGUGAGCACUUCUGACCUGCAGCUGGAGGAGCUCCUGGCUGGGCUGGAGUAUGCAAAGGAUCAGGUGGAGCCCUUGGCCUUGCAGGUUACUGAGAAAGUCCACUGUCUAGAGCAGUUUCUGGAUGCAGCCUUCCUGGCCCAUCAGAGCUUGACUGCUCAGGGCUGUCUGGAGGCCUCUUGCCUUCAGCAAAGGAAUGCUAGUGGGACAGAACCUGGAAGCCCCAGCCCCUCCUGCAGCCGGAGGCCGGCGCAGCACACGCUGGCCCCGUGCCCGCAGCUGCCGGACGACGUGGGCUGCAAGAGCAACCCGCGCGUCAAGCCGCCCUUCUCCUACGCCAGCCUCAUCUGUACGGCCAGGGAAGCCAGUGGGGAGCCCCAGGUCACCCUCUCGGCCCUCUACAGCUGGAUCAUGGACACCUUCUGUUAUUUCCGACAUGCCAAUCCCACCUGGCAGAACUCCAUCUGGCACAACCUUUCCUCCCACAAGUGCUUCGUCAGGGUGCCCCGGGAGAAGGAUGAGCCCGGGAAAGGAGGGUUCUGGAAGCUGGAUCUCCUGUGUGCCCACCAGCUCCAGAAGGGGGCCUGCAGAAAGCGCAGGAGGUCCCCAGCACAGACCCACCCGGCCUUCACAGCAGCCUAGCAAGAGCCAGGGUGUGAUGCCAGCCCAGCUCCUCCAGUCUGCACUCCCACCGGCAUCCUCAGGGUCAGCAGAGAGUCGCAGCAGCUGCUGGAGGAGUUUGAAGAAGCCGUGGGCAGCCAGAGCUGGGAUCCAGCUGAGGGCUAAGCAGGGCAGAAGCAGCAGCAGCCCUCACUCACCCCACCGGCCAAGGUGGCUUGGCUUUCCAGCAUGGACUUGCUGAUCCAGGAAGAGCAGGAGGAGCUGGGAUCCUUGAAAGGUGACUGGGACUGGGAGGCCAUCUUCAACACCAACCUGAACGCAGACUUGUCCACGUCUGGGGGUCUGGCCCUUCUGCCUCCAAACAGCCCCAUCGUGCAUGACCUGGACUUGACGGUCUGUGGGCAGCACAGCGAGGGUCCCCAGGGGCGGGAGCAAGUCCUCACCCAAUCCCAGCAGAACAGCCUGGGCUGGGAUGAAACCUGGGCUGCUGCUCUCCUGCAGAGUCCCUGUGAUGAAGGGACAAGUGACUGCCUCACCAACACUGUCAGCAUGGAGGAGGUGUUUGAGUGCGAUGACGCCCCUUUGCCAGAGGGAUGA